AUGGGUGACUUUGUCACAGAGGCUUUCACACUCUUGGCUGUGGCCAUUGUGAUCAUUGGUCUGCGUACUGUGGCUCGAUGGAUCAUGGUAGGACCGAGGAAUUUCCAAGCAGAUGAUUAUCUGAUGCUAUUGGCUUGUGUGGUGUACGGGUUAGAAACUGGCGCUGCAUACAUGGUGGGCGCAUGGUUCAAAGGCCUUGCCAACAAUUCCAUGACAGAUGAACAACGUAAACAACUGUCGCCAGACUCCGAGGAAUAUCGUCUACGCGUCGGAGGCUCUAAGGUCCAGGUGACUGGCUGGUCUUUGUAUACUCUCCUUCUAUGGCUUUUGAAAACUUGCAUGGCCAUAUUUUACUCUCGUUUGACAGCGGGCUUGAUAAACAUGCGAGUCCGAAUCAAUAUCGCAUACGGUUUGAUUGCCGCCACUUACAUUGCUACUAUUUGCUCCAUUCUCUUCGGUUGUCACCCAAUGCACAAAAACUGGCAGAUAUAUCCAAACCCCGGAAAUUACUGUCAACCUGCCGUCUCUAAGAUCGACAUCUACGUCACAGUUGUGCUGAACGUUGCGACCGAUAUCUACCUUAUUAGUAUCCCUGCUCCGAUGCUUUUCAAGGCUCGUCUCCACUGGCGGGAGAAACUGGAGCUUCUUGUUCUCUUCAGCGGCGGUCUCUUCGUCAUGAUGGCUGGUAUUCUACGCUGCGUCUUGAUUCUGACGGCUGGUGCCAAUGGUGCCCAGCAAGCCGGUAGCUGGGCUUGUCGCGAAACCUUCGUCGCGGUGGUCAUUGGAAACGUGCCGAUGAUCUAUCCACUUUUCCGCCGCAUUGCUCGCCGUGCCGGCCUGUAUAUCACAACAAGAGGGGCUGGUUCUGAAAGUUACCCAGCCUACCAACUAUCAGAUGGCGAUGCGAGUGGGUACGCGAGGCGCAAGAAGUUCCGUCACCCACUUUCUAUUCCAGGCGACACUCAAUGGAAUACCAUAAGUGAUGAACAGAUGAUUCUGCCGACUUCACGCCAGCAACCACCUACAUGCACCGCGGGUGACGGGGACUGGGACGCCACCAGCCACACCAGUCAUGGUGGUGGGAUCAAAGUGAUCCAUGAAACUAUUGUCCACAGUGCCGAGAAAGGCUCUCGCAUAUAG